AUGAAUUCCACUUGGAUAUAUCUAUUUGCUGAUGCUUCCAUUUGAAUGCAUCCCUUUUUUGCGUGGCCAUUCGAUUUUGGAUACUCUUGGACGUACUUAGCCGACUGGUAGACAUAUGUUAAAGUUCCUGUUGAUCUACUGACAACUGCAUGCUCAUACGCUCGAUGACAUAUUUGCAUAUUUGCGACAAUCUGCUUGAUUAGUUUUGAAUCCCAUCGAGUAAAGAGGUUGGUGCGUUUCCGUCCUCAUUCAUAUGUGCUAGGUCAGUGGACUACGUUCAGUUGCGAGUCUGUACAAACAAAUGCAUUCACGGCAAGUGUGCAUAAGUUGCUAAAUGAUCACCCACUUGAGUACAAGGGUGAAUACACUGAAUGGUGUGUUUUGUUGGCAUACAUUGGUGAACAUGGAGCAACAUCGGUUUUUUCAGAUUUGGUUGUGCUUACUCACUUGGCAUCAGAAUGGUAUUAUCGAAUCCAGUGUUUCAACGUAGACGCAUACUGAUGUGCUCCUGAUAUGCAUAGAAGUUAAGAUUUUGCAUUGUUUCCUUUUCCUUCAACAUCUUCAUCAUGAAGUUAUGUCUCCUACUCUCGGUUUCUAUGACUUUCAAAUGAGUCAAUGUUUACGUUACUUGUUGACACAUCAGUAGAUCCAUUUUCACAAUUCCUUCCAGUAAUAUUUUGGUCCUUAGCAGAGUCCAAUGCAUUUGUUGGUAUUUGAUUGGAUGAGAUCCUCCCUCUUUCGUUAAAUGCAGAAUCAGAUGCAGGUACCACGUGCCAUUUAUUCAUUGUCUAUAAAAGCAGAAUUGCGUCAUUGGUGAUUCCUUUCCAUCAUCACAUUACACACGAUGCUAGUUUGCGUAUUAACAAAAGGAUUGCUAGGCUACCUUAAAAGUUCAUUGCUACCAAUGCGAAUCCGUCGUCACACUUUUUUCUGAUAGAAAUGCAGAUUUUAUUAAGGGCAUCAACUGGAUUUCAGUACCAAGGCCACAGGGUCCGGGAGGCAUGUUUAGACAGGUUUAACACUUGCUUGUCUGUUUUCCUGCACCUAAAACAAUCGCACCUUUCUUUUUUUGAUGCUAAACAUGAGAUAGUGUAGCAUGGAUAGGUGGACGCUGGAUCUUCAAUAAAGCUAUUUACACUAGUUCGGUAAUGGUCCCUAUCAGAAGGCACGUUUCUAAACAAUGUUGGACUGUCGUCUAAUAUGUUAGUCAUUAAGGGAGAAGUAUCCAAAUAACUAAUGCCUUUGAUGGGUGUAAAAGUUGUGGUGCUCGAAUUUGACUACAAACUGGAGGCAUGCUUUGAACAAGUUUUAUUGUUUGCCACGCGGUCCAACAGAAAGUGCUCUCUUGUAAUGAUUUUUAACAUUCCAAGAGGAGCGAACAGGCGUGGGUUGCUUCAUGAAAAUUGGUUGAGGCAUUGUUAAUCAUUGGAUGUUUUGCCCUUUUGACUGAUUGUGUCUCUCUUGUUAUUGUUUGUUUUUACUCUAACCCCAUCAGACAAACUUUUUAUCACGCUCUGGGCACACCAAACUAUAAGUGCGUAAUGUUGCUUUUUCACUCAAUGGUACACUUUGUUGGUGUUUCAUGCUUACGAUCGAGAUUUCAGUAAAAGAGGAUGAGGUACUACUGGUUUCAAGUCGCAAUUCACUACUACUUUUUAAGAUGCAUUUGUGGAAAUUUAGACUCACGGCUGAUGAAAAUGGAGUCUCAGCAUUCAUCUUGACAAAAUUCAAGUGCAUUAACGUUAGUUUUUUAGUCACCUUUAUUUCUAAAUCAGUAAGUUGUCGCCAUGGCGACAAAUGAUGUACUAGGUUAUUGUUUUGGGCUUUAUCAUUUAACACUUCAUCCAAAGCAUCACAUUCACGAAUCAGUGGUGUCUUACGCGCGUUUGAGGAUUGCAAGUGAAAUGGAAGAGACCUUAUCUUGGUCGGCAGUGCUGCGUUAGUCCAUUACACUUAAGUGGUAAAGUGGCAGAGUACACCCUAGAUAGAUAGAUAAAUAGACAGCUGAGCACCAUCGAAAUAUCGUACUCAGGUAGUCACCGUCUUUUGCCAAAAUGUCCACCCAUCGGAUAGCCAUGCGUAUGUCAAAAGGUUAAAGUGAGGCAACUGCGGGUUGUCAAGGCAGGAGUGUGUGUUUCCUUGUGGUGUUUGGCUUCCAAAAGAACAGGUACGAUUAUAAUGCCCACAUUUAUUUUCGUUCCAUUUAAUCAGCCACGAUUAAAAGCCAAGUGAACACAACAGUGUCCACUUGCAUGCAGAUAUGUUAGUUGAUUUGCCACAUUUUUGAGGGCCAUUAGAGGCUGCAAAAUCAAAAUAAUUGCAAUAAAUACCAGAAAAAUAAAGUUCAAUGGAUCUUUUUUUCUAAUGAUGAAUAAAUCUGUUCGUUUUCAUCGAUCUUUUAUUUUAAGUAAAUAAUUUCAUUGAGUUAACGCAUAGAUUUUUUGCGAAAAUGGUCAAACAACUGAAUCACUAGAAGUGACGUGUGAGUUCACGUCAGUCUGAAAUUCAAAUGAGUAGGACUGAUACUUGCUGGUUAUGAGCUGAGAAUGACCUCAGUAAGGCAUCACUUAUGUAGUGACUCGGGACAGAUUUACACUUGGGAAGUCUCGGCCCGCAGAUAAUGUUGGAAACUUGUAG